UGUUGGUCGUGUCUACGGUAGCCGCCCUGGCCCAAACGUUGUAGCGCGUCCCUUUCCAAACUAAUACUCGUCUGUAUCUGUUUACUUCAUUUGUAAUGAUGAUGUGAGACCAAAACCGCUAGCUAGCUAGCCUAGCUAAAGUAAUGGAGAACCGGUAAGAGAUGGAGGAAAAAACACAUGUGAUGGGGGGACAUAGUGAUGGUCCUCCUUUUACUUUUCAUCGCAUGAUAGCUAUUUCUUCUCACCUGUUUGCUGUAAAGCAACCGUUAAAUUCUCACUGACGGCGUUAGCCUGUUAGCGUGCUAGGUUGCAGGCGAGGUUAGCUUCAGUGAGUUCGUGUUUCGGUGUGAUUAGAUAUGGCAGAUUGCAAACUCAACAUCAGUCGCCACCACUGGAAUUGUUUUCUAAUUUACCCCUGCUGAAUUGUUGUAGGACCGCGCUUUUAGGUUAAUUAGCCAUCACGUCUGCUGGUGAAGGAACCUUAGCUAACGCUGCUGCUAGCAAAACUAUCUGGCCUGGAAUGGAGCCAGGCGACUUGCGAGAGAGCCCCGCCGGGUCCGGGGAGUCAGAUGCUGGGCAUUGGAGGGAGGUUAUUCCCGGUGGGGAUGAGGAGAUCAAAGCUGCCGAAACUAAUGGAAACACACCUGAGGCGGUUCUUAGGGACACCUGCGAGGAAGACGAAAGUGAAAAACAAAAAAGCGUGGGAGAGCAAUUACACAGUCCCUACGAGGAGGAACUGGACCCCAGAAUCCAGGAGGAGUUGGAGCAUCUCAAUGAAGCCAGUGCAGAAAUCAACAGACUAGAACUUCAGUUGGAUGAUGCCAGAUCAGGGUACCGGAAGAUCCUCACAGAGUCUGCCAGGAAGCUAAAUGCUCAGAGCUCUCAGCUUGGUAGCUGCAUAGAGAAAGCAAGACCCUACUAUGAAGCUCGUCGCCUUGCGAAAGAGGCACAGCAGGAGACCCAGAAGGCAGCUUUGAGCUAUGAGAGAGCGGUUUCUAUGCACACAGCUGCCAGGGAGAUGGUCUACGUGGCAGAGCAGGGCCUGAUGGCUGAUGGCAAGAACACCCUGGAUCCCACCUGGCAGGAGAUGCUCAACCACGCCACCGCCAAGGUGAAUGAAGCCGAGGAGGAGCGACUCCGCAGUGAGAGGGAGCACAUGCGCGUCACACACGCCUGUCAGGAGGCUGAGGCCCGGGUUCAGAUGCUGCAAAAGUCCCUCAAAAGAGUCAUCGUGAAAUCCAAACCUUACUUUGAGAUCAAGGCCCAGUUCAACCACAUACUGGAGGAGAACAAGGCCAAAGUGCUGCAGCUGGAACAGCACGUAGCCAAGGUAAAGACCCGCUAUUCCAUCGCCCUUCGAAACUUGGAACAAAUCAGCGAGCAGAUCCACGCUCAGAGGGGGAGGGACCAGGCCGAGGGAGGAUGCCCCACUGUCUGUGGUGGGCGGAGUUCCCCCGUUGGAGCUGAGUCCGACAUCAGAGUUAAGAGAGAAGAUGGAGCCUGCAGCGGUGGUGCGACGGGAACAGGUCGAGUGGAUGGAGCCAUCGACCUGGUGGAGAAAUACAAGGAGAAGGAGAAUGAAAAGGAGAGGGAGCGGGCAGGGUCGGAUUCCCUUUCAGUCUUCAGCCUGCAGACCAUCGCUUCCGACUUGGAGAAAUAUGACUCCGUUGAGCACCUCGGGAACCUCAGCGAUGUAGGGAGCGUAACUGGGGAUGAGGGGGAGAAAGAGAGAGGCGGAGUGAUUGAUAGAAGAGACAAGCUGACGGAAACAUCCGCCAAAGAGCGCCAGCAGCAGUUCUACAAGCAGCACCACCGAAGCUUCAGUUUGUGAGGCUGUUAAAGAUUUAACGGCUAUAAACACUGCAAAAAAAAACAAACAAACAAUGGGAGUUAUCAAAAAAAGUAUGAAUUAGGGUAAACAUCCCUAACACAUAGGUACCAACCAAAGUAUAAGACAGUGAAUUAGCUGCAAAUGUAAAACUGGAGUGAUGCAAUUGUAGGUGUAUGAUACUUGGUGUAAAUAAGCACACAUACGUUGACUGACAUUAUUCUAAAGCUGACACUGAUCAAUAGUUAAUAUUGCAGUCUAGUUAGAACACUACUGGAAUCUAAAGAGCUUUCAUUCCUCCAGGACAAGUAUACUGUAUAUUCACCCCCUGUGAGGAAUUCUGGGUAGAAUUUGUUUCUUGAGCAUGAAGGAACAGCGACGAAAGAUCAAAAGCCCUGUUCGAACAGACAUAUUUAGAAAGGCGUCCUUUUUUACUUUCUCAGGCUAAUCGUUGAUCUAAUUUGGUGAGGCUGGUGAAAACAAAUCCCUCCAUUGUUUUCCCCUCCAGUCGUGUCGAGUCUUAUCAGCGAUUGCUUCAAGGUAGAGGGGUGGCAGGGUCUCUCCAUACACACUGAGAUCCACACUCAUAUCCACCCGAAUCAAGUCAGUGUGUAGGGAAAAAUGACGAAAACGAUUCUCUGUCCGUGCAGAGUGAAAGCAUGUUCGAAUUCACAUUUCAUAUAUUUAUUUCCAGUAACAUGCUGCAAGUAGUGCCAUCUUUAUUUUUGGCACAAGAGAAUGCGUUUUUUGAAAAUUCCUGAAAUGAUGAAAAGAAUGAAUGGAGUCUGAAGAUGAUAAAGACUCCGUUUGACUCUUUCCACUCUGACAGCAUGCACUCCUAGUUGACUAUUUAGACAGACAUGUAUGACAUGUAUUCAGGGCUAUAUGCUGAAACAAACACUGACGCCAUUAAAGCUAAGAUGAUGAAGGUCAGCCAUGUUUUCUUUUUUAUGUCAUUAUGCUGUAGUCUUAUGACUCAAAAGCCUUUCCCAAAUUUGUAUUGUUUGGAUAUUGUUUACAUUUGUAUAUGUGGAUUUCUUUGGCAGCAAAUGCAUUUCCUCUUUUGUUUGCCUUUUUAAAAAAGAAAGAAAGAAAAAGCCCUGUAAUUUAAAGUGUGCCUUGACAGAACAAGUAACAAAUUUGGCAUGAGUAGUACUUUGUUGUAAACUCAUCUGUAGUUCUGUUUAGAACCAUUUAAAGAACAAGUGUGUGUGUGCCUUUUUAUGAUUUAAAACAUUUUUUAAUCAGCACCCAGGCACCAUUCCCGAUGAGACUUGAAGAGUUUCGAUUUGUUUUUUGUUGAUUUCUGUAUUUUCUUUUUUGAUAUUGUACUUUGAUUGUCAAAGUGUAUGAUGCAAAACAAUGAAGUCAAGAAAUGACUUGUAAAUGUAUGUAAUUAUUACAAAGCUGGAAAAUAAUGACAUGUACAGUUACAUGUGUCACUGAUUUGAAUAUUUGACAAGUGUGUUGUACAGAUGUUCUGGAUACCCACAGGAUGUCUUAUGUAUUUAAAUCAUUGUUGUUGGAGUUUAUCUGAAACACCUCACCAUCACUUCUGUCUUAACAAUUAGUCUUCACCCGUUUAAUGGCAUUAGUGAAUUAGUUAGAAUGUCAUUCGCUGUUUCCAAUUUAUGCAUUGUGAUACCUAUAAUCAAUAAACCAAACAUACUUCUUGG